AUGAAGUUCUCGCGCACGUCACAAGCCGCAGCCAUUUGGCUCGCAGGCCUCGUUGCUGUCCACGCGGCGCCGUCCUUCAACGCUACUACCAACGGCACGGCGCCAAUGCUCCUGCGACACUGGCCGCCGGCCGCUGCUGCGGCGCUCAGCGAAAUGAUUGUUCGCAAUGCCAACCAGAGCAACUAUGCCGUCUUUGACAUGGACAAUACGUCAUACCGAUACGAUCUAGAGGAGUCGCUCAUCCCAUACUUGGAGAGCAUUGGCGUGCUCACGCGCGACUCUAUGGACCCUUCGUUGCGCCUGAUUGACUUCAAGGACACGGCCAACUAUACCGAAUCGUUGUACAGCUACUAUCUGCGCCUAUGCGAUAUGGAUGAGAUGCUGUGCUACCCGUGGGCAGCGCAGGUGUGGGCCGGCAUGACGCUGCGCGAGCUGAAGGGCCACGUCGAUAACCUCAUGGCCCUCAACUCGUCGCUCCCCGUGCAAUACUGGAGCAACGAGACUUUGGUAGACGACAGCGUGUCGCCGCCGCGCGUCUUUACCGCCCAGGCCGAGCUCUAUAAUGUCCUCAUGGCAAACGGCAUCGCCGUCUACGUCAUCUCGGCGGCGUCUGAAGAGCUGGUCCGCUUCGUGGCCAGUGACCCGGUCUAUGGCUACAACGUGCCGCCCGAAAACGUCAUUGGCGUGUCCACGUUCCUCCGUAACGCAACGGACGGUUCCUUGACCACGGCGCGCCGCCAAAUCACCGACAAUGUGUAUAACCCUGACGACAACCUUGACCUGGUCUUUGGCCCGUACCUCAACACGCCCGCCACCUGGUUCGCGGGCAAAUGGGCCGCUAUCUUGACCUACAUUGACGACUGGAAGCUGCCCGUCCUGGCUGCUGGCGAUACCCCGGGCAGUGACACUUACAUGCAGUUCCACGGAGUCGACGUCUCCAAGGGCGGUAUUCAUCUCUGGAUCAAUCGCAAGGACGCCUACUAUGAGGAGCUACAGGAAAUGAUUGCGGAGGCCGCACAAGGCCAAGCCGAGAACGGUCGCGAGGUCACUGCGGACAAGAAUUGGGUCGUUGUUACACCUGAAGAGAUCCUGUAG